AUGGAAGCCACUUCCAAGUCUAUCUUCAGUGAAUGCUCAAACUUUACUCUUUUAUCAAACCUUCUUUUUGCCAAGUUCUCAAGUUUCAUAUGGCUUUCUACCAUGACACCAAUAACAUGUAUUGAAGCCUUCUUUCUUCUGAAAAACUAUGAACCAAUGUUCCAUUUUCUUUUCCUAUGUUUUGUCCUACUUUGUUUCCUUCUAAAACACUUGUUCUCAAAACCCUCUCCUAUUUACCUCAUUGAUUUCUCUUGUCUUAAACCACCAAAUCAGUGUCGGGUACCUUCUUCAACAUUCCUUGAAAAUACUUCUUUGUUUGAGUGUUACAACAGCGAAAGCAUUUCUUUCAUGGAAAAUGUCCUUCGUUCUUCUGGCCUAAGCGAAGAAACUUUUCUCCCACCGUCACUACUAUACAUUCCACCAAAAACCCAACAUUCAGAAUCUAUCAAAGAAUCUCACAUGGUUAUUUUCCCUAUCAUGGAUGAUCUUUUUGCAAAAACAAAAGUUUCACCUUCCAAUAUAGACAUACUUAUCUUAAACUGUAGCGCUUUUUGUCCCUCGCCUUCUUUAACAUCAAUUAUUGUUAACAAAUAUGGUAUGAAAAGUGACAUUAAAAGCUAUAAUGUCUCUGGUAUGGGGUGCGGUGCUAGUGCUCUUUGUAUUGACAUGGCUCACAAUCUUCUAAGAGUUCACAAAAAUUCUAAUGCUAUUGUUCUAAGCACUGAGAUUUUGUCAAGUGGAUGGUAUUCAGGUAAUGAAAAAUCUAAGAUGUAUAUUAAUUGUCGCUUUAGAAUGGGAAGUGCAGCUAUUCUAGUUUCUAACAAAAAAGAAGCUCGUAAAAGUGCAAAAUAUUUGAUACGUAAAACACUUAGAACACUAAGAGCUUUUGAUGAUAAAGGUUAUUUUUCUAUUAUGAGAGAAGAAGAUUCAAAUGGAAAACUUGGUGUGACACUGAAUAGAGAUUUACUUCAAGUAGCAGGUGAAACACUUGGGUCUCAUAUUUCACAAUUAGCUUCUGAAAUAUUGCCGAUUUCUUCGGAAGUUUGGCAUGGUGUUUCUCUGAUAAAGAAAAGGUUUAAAUUUAAGAAUUCUAAGGGGAUUUACGUGCCUAAUUUCAAGACUGUGAUACAACAUUUUUGUUUGCCGUGUUCGGGGAGAUCGGUGAUAAGAGAAGUAGGAAAAGGGUUGAAGCUUGGUGAGAGAGAGACUGAAGCUGCUAUGAUGACAUUGCAUAGAUUUGGAAAUCAAUCUUCUUCAUCAUUGUGGUAUGAACUUGCUUACUUGGAAGCUAAAGAAAGAGUUCAGAAAGGUGAUAACAUUUGGCAACUUGGAUUUGGAAGUGGUCCUAAGUGCUGUAGUGUUGUUUUGAGGUGUAUUAGGCCAAUAUUUGGCGAGUCUCAUAAAGAACCAUGGUGUGAUUGCAUUCAUCGAUACCCAAUUUAA